AUGGGUGUCAAUAAUCUCUGGUUUAUUUUAGAACCAGCCAAGAGAACGGAAAACCUCUCUGCCCUCCGCAACAAGACGCUCUGUGUGGACUUAAGUGGGUGGAUUUGCGAGGCUCAAUGUGCAAAAGGUUUGAAAAACAACGUAAAUAAACCGCACUUGCGAAAUCUUUUCUUCCGAUUGCUUCACUUGACUCGACUUGGAGUCAAGUUGGUGUUUGUUGUUGAUGGAAAACCACCUGAACUGAAAUGGGAUGCAAUCGCCAAGCGAGUUCAAGCGAGAGAUGGCGGGCAGUUCUGCAAGGUCAAGAAACCUGCUAAAGCUAGCGCUGGCUCGGGGGCUCGUGUCGGUCGAUCGCAGUUUGCGAUUUGGGUCAGAGAGGUAAGAUCAUCUUUCUUUUACGUUUUCAUUUUUUUACCAGAUCUCUUUCUGUAUUAUGCCUGAAUGUUUCUUAUGCUAGAACGCAGAACUGGCGUGAUUUUUUCUGCGUUUUCAGGCGAACGGAGGUAAGCGCGAAGUGCACAAGGGUAACAGCGCGAAAAAAAGAAAUAACUCGAACUUCGCGCUUGCCUCCGUUCGCCUGAAAAUCACGCCGGUUCUGUAGGCUAUGCCUGAGGCGAAUUGCGGAUCCACUUUGAUGCGAUCACGCCGUUCCGCGUAAGAAUAACUGAGGAGCUAAAUUAAAGUAGUGGUUGGAGAGUAGGGGGUCUUUUGUUAUAAUGUGUGUGGGUGGAACAAUGCUGUAAGGUGCAACUUUUCUCAGCUUUCUAGAGUAAAAGUACCAAAACACCCAUCCCCCCAGUUUAUACUACAUGGGAUCAGGCCUGGCUAACGGUUUUUGGGUAUUGAGGGUCAAUUUUUAAAGGUGUGUAGUUUGUCUAAGGGUUAUUUAGGUGUGUUUCUCAGAACACUGACCAACAAUUUCUAAAAGUCUAUGUUGCUAAAGAGAGGAAUUACUUAUACACUUUUUCUUUUAAGUGUAAAAACUGGUUUGAAGAGGGGGGUAAAGGGGAAGUCUUGCUAAUGUUUCACAGACAUGAAGUAGAUAUAGUGCAUUGUGAAAAAUCAGAUAUUUGCAUCUAAGUUCACACAUUGCAAGUAGCAAAAAUUUUGUAGUUCAUUGGGACCUUUAAUUUGGUAUCUUCACUGGUCACGAAAUUUGAAAACACUUUAUCUUCUAUUCCAAUAACCCCUUCUCCCCCCUUUUUUAUGAAGAAGUGUGCCUAUUGAUUUUCCAAAUGCACAAGUCAGGUGUUAGAAAUAACUUAGGAUUCAUGAGAUAAUUCUGAAGACAUUUAUGAGGUUUUUGUAAAUUUAAUAUUUGAGAGCUGGCAGGUCGCAAAUGUCAAUGUACUGGCAAUAAACCUUGUUUUCUUUUUUUGUAAUACAUUCAGUCCAAUUGACCCUUCAACUCCCAGAUCAAAUUUGUAAUUCUCCUUACUGUCAGCCUUACAUUUCAUAUGAUGUUAGUUCUGAGAAUUUAGUAUUGGAUCAACUCGCUAUCCCCAAAUUGAUCUUUUUUUAUCUGGUUGAUAUUGUAUAAACAUUGUAAGGAAAAAUUCUGUCUUGGUCACUCAUGGGAGUUAAAGGGUUAACUCUCUUCCUUGCUGCUUGGCAUUUGUUAGUAAAUUAGAAAAAUCUUUUUUUAACACAGUGCCGGAAGUUGUUGAACCUACUAGGGGUGCCAUGUCUUGAGAGCGAGGGUGAAGCUGAAGCACUUUGUGCAUGGCUUGAUCUCCAUCAGGUAGGUUUAGAGAUAUUUUACUUCUUGUUUUGAAAGGUGUGUUUGUUCAUCAUGGUUAUAAUGAUAAGUGAUAUUUCACCCUUUAUACCCUAACUUCAGUAUGCAUAUUCUCAAUACUGUCCUCUUUUCAUUUUCUGUGGUACUUACAAGGAGCAUUUGUUAGAAUGAAUGGUGAAAGGCUUAUGCCUGAAUCAUCAACUUUGAAACUCUUUAUGGUGGCUUAAAUAUUGCCUGUUUGUGAUCUUAUAUUGCCUGGGUAUAAUUAAUUUUUGAUAAAUUUGAUAUUGAGAGUCUGAUUUUUAAUAACUUUUGGUAUAGCAAAUAAAAGUUAUACUUAACAGUAAAUAAAUCAAUUACCUACAGAUUGUGGAUGGGUGUAUAACCAAUGAUGGAGAUGCAUUUUUGUAUGGAGCUAGAACAGUGUACAGAGAUCUUUGUAUCAGUGGAAAGGUGAGGCAUCUUCAGAUUGUGGUUCAUGUAGUUCAAUCAUCUUACUGUGUAACUAAGUAAACUGUGAGCAAAAGAAUCAUGGAAUGUUAUUGUAUUCCAGGGAAAAAGCUAUACAUGCCUAACAAAACCAAGAGAAAUGGAUGUGUUCUGCUGUAAGAAAACAAUUUGAAAAUUUGGGGUGAACUGGUAAAAGUAGGAGCAAACUGGCUUCGCUUCAGGAGGUGAACUUGCAUAAGUGGAAGGGAAUGAACUUGCAAUAUAAUGGGGCAAAACCUUCAUAAACAUUAAAAAAAGAUCUAGAUUUAAGGUGUUUAAGCUUCUUUUUUGUUUAAAUUUUCAGGGUGGGUCAGUAGAAUGUUACAAAAUGGAAGAGAUUGAAGCCAAGCUUGGUAUGUCACACCAUGACUGCCCUCAUCAUGUUUUCCAAAGAAGUCCACCAUUGUUCUUUCUUCAUUUUUCUCUUGUGGGAGCUCUUGCUGAGUGAAAAUUCUUGCACUCCUCACUAGCUCUGUUCACUGGAGAAAUCAAUUAUCCUAGAACUCAAUAUUUUUGUCUUAGAUUCUUCUCCAUAAUCUUAUUUUGAAUACUAAUGUAUGCUUGAUAAAUCACCAGGGCUUGCCUACAGGUGUAACAAUAAUGAAAAUUAUAGGAAUUUAGCAAUGAACAUACCAUGAGGUGGCUCUGCUUGUCAACUGUUUCCAGAUUAAAUUGGAAUUUCAAAUGUUAGUUUCAGUGUAGGGAGGAAACUGGCGGAUUUGGAGAAAAUCCCUCAGAGCAAGAAAUAGAACCAUCAACAAACUCAACCUAAAAUUUUACCCUGGCCACAGGGAGGCCAGCACUUUCACCUCUGUGCCAUCCCACUACAAUCUUCAACAGAUGGUUAAAUUAAAACUGUUAUAUGUAGCUUUUUCAUGCUUUAUUUUAGAUCUCAACAGACAGAAGCUGGUUGCACUUGGCAUACUUCUAGGAUGUGAUUACCUUCCACAAGGCGUAUCAGGAGUAGGAAAGGAAAUUGCCAUGAAGCUAAUUAAGAGUGUCAAUCACAAAAACCUACUUGACAGGUUGAAAUAAUACUUAAAAUUCAAUGUUAUCUACUUUUAAUUAAUUGCAAUCAAUGCCAAUUACAGUAUGCUUCAUUUAUUGACCUCUCUUGAUUGUGUAGCUGAUAAGAGCAUGACUUGCCUUUAAAGGCACACAGGUUUAAUUGAUAUUUGGCUCAAAAUUCUAUGGAAAACCAUAACAAGUCCUAAAAAAAAAAAUUGUGAACAUUUCAUCAUUUCAUCAUUCAUCAUGAUUUCGCACCUUUGAUAUUAAUAGCAAUUUGUGCUCUUACAAGGUGACACUGAUACAGUCAUGACAUUCUUAACAAUAGUUUACAGAUGAUACAGCUGUUAGGCUGUUUUCAUUUGUUUUGUACUUGCAUUAAUUCUGGAUUGAUUUCUUUAAGGUUCUAUGAAUGGACAAAGGUUUCAGACCAUGAUGAAAUUCUUUCAAGUGUGGAGAAGCUUGUGAAAUGGUAAAUCUUUUGAUAAAGUGACAAAAUUCUUAAAACAGUUGCCAAACCCUGUAACUAACCAAUCUCGAGUGGAGUGCCAUGUUAUUAUAGUCUUCAAUGGAUACUGUAGGUGGACUAGAUGACCAGUGUAGAGUUUUUUAUUUGAAUUCAGCAAACAUUUUUUCACUGAACAAAUUUUGCUUGACAAAAUAUAUUUUGUUUAAAUAAAACCCUAGAUACAAGCAUGAAACUGUGACAACGGCCUAAAAGUGAUAUUAUUUUUAUUGAAUAAAUGCCUUAGAGCUUUUUUUCCCAACAGCCAUUUUUUAACCACCAGUAAUUUAACUUGUUUAUAGCAAAGCUCUAAAAGACAAGAACUUCCCACAUCCAGAGGUAAGUGAACAUAAAUUAGUAAGAGACAUGUUCUGUACAAUAUUUAAAACGUUUAUUUAGUGACCCAACCAAGAAGUAGUGGAAGUAAUUAAUCCUUGGAUCCCUGAGAGUGACUUUCAUUUAAUUUCUUCUUCACAACAUCACCUUUGAAUCACAAAUUAAGGUCAUGAGAAUAAAGGAAAUGAUCACCAACUGUUGAUUGUUGCACAAAUUCUCCUUGUCAUUACCCUUGGAAAAGUAUAUUGGACAGUAUGGAGAAUAUGCAUACUGAUGUUAGGGUGUAAAGGGUCAUAUAGAAGCUUAGUAAUUGUUUCAUUGAUUGCAAAGAUUCAGAGCAAAAUGUCAAGUAAUGUAUUCUCUUGCAAAGGAUCAUAAAAUGGUAGGUCUCUUGUUGAAUGUCUCUGUUUCAGACUGUUUUUGGUUUCUCAUCAUCAGGUUAUUCAGGAAUUUCUGUCACCAAAAGUUGUCCCUCAGCAAGUUUCCUUAAAGAUCUUCAAUCCAGAUCUAAGAGGCUUGCAGGUGACUGUAACCUGUAGUGAACUUAGUCAUACAUGUAUAGUGUAGCUUAACAGUAUACUAUGAUUGUAUGAAUCAUAUUUUGAGGAAAACCUCAAGGAGAUAAAGUUUAGUAUUCAUUUAACUAAUACUCCUUUAUGCCAUGCUAAUGCCUCAUUUUUUUAUUCACUGUGUUCAGUACUUCAAAUUUUAAAUUCAUUAAACUUUGUUUGCAUUAUUUGUUGUGCCUUUCUUUAUUGUAAAAAGGCAAAUUCCCUCCCAGGUUAUCUUGAUUUCCUUUUCUUAACCUGUUCAUGAAAUAUAUUUUUUUCUAUUUCACAUAAUUUGUGCAUAUGGGCAAAUAUUGUUCCAGUUUGUGAGCACUAAAAGUUAGGAAUUGUUCACUCUUCUAGGAAUUCUGCCUCAAGCACUUGGAGUGGCCUGAGGAAUAUAUCACAGAAAAGGUUAUAUUGAAUUUUAUAUCAUAGAAUACUUCUUCAUGCUUAUUUCAUACUGAGGAUGAUAAAGAAAGUUACUGUAUGCAUGAAGAAUGCUUGUCAAUGAAAGCUUAGUUCAAAGAGAUUUCUUAAAUUCUAGGUUCUUCUAUUGAUCACCUAUUGGCAAAUGAUAUCAUCGCUAGAGAAUCACACAAUGAUACUCGUUCAACCAGAAAGGUAAAACUAACUUUGGAGUAGCUGGAAUAUUAAACUUUAUUCUAUAUUGAUCUGCAUAGAAUAUACCAUUCCUAUUGAGUAAUUCUCAGUUAUUUUGAUCAAUACAAGCUUAUCAUUAAAUUAAGAUCAGUGUACCAAUAUGGUGUUUUAUCUUGUAUUUAGGAUUGUAAAAUCUCGUGUCCAACAGAGGAUUGAAUGUUAUGAAGUUGAAUGGAAAAACCUUAAACUUGGAGAAACAUGUCCAGUUUCUUUUGUGACCAUUGAGAGCAGAGAGGUAUUACCAGGAUUUGAAACAAAUUGUUUGGAAAAAAAUUGCUCUACCAAAUGUAAUUUAGUAGAGAUUGAUGAAUGAAAGUGAUGAAAAACAAGAAGAGGAAAAUCAUUUAGUUAUGAAUUUAAUUUAAACACAUUAUCAAGGCUUAAGAUUAUUAUAUAAGGAAAAUAAUGAAAGGAUUUCAUAGGCUCCUACAUUCAUCUCCUCAUUUCUUGCACCAAUCUUUUCCUACAUCAAACUCUUGGCAGCACUUCACUUUCUUGCAAUAAUUUCUUUGAACCUGUUAUGUAACUAUAGAUGAUGAGUAGGUGCAUGAUUAAAUCAAAUGACCUGUAGGAAUUUAAGAAAACCUCUAUUCUAGGUUGUAUGAUGUUCACUGUACAUGGCAUUUCAUUGUGACUAUAAGAGACUCACCAGAAUCUUUUCAGAAUUUUUUGUGCCAUUGGGUUAAGCUGCUUGCAGUCUAGCCUUUUAUUGUAGGGGGAUUCCAAAUUGCAUGGUCAUGAGUUUUGAAUCUGAUGAGUCUCUUCAGUGGGACGAAAUGCAGUCAUGAACUAUUUUUUCAUUAGUAAUUGAGUAUUUUCUUGCGGCAAUUAUUGGUACUAUUGUAUAGUAUAAUCAAUAUGAGGCUUUUGAUUUGAGAUACCAAAUAUUCUUAACCUUGACUUUUUUCAGCUUUUUACUCAAGCAUAUCCUGAGGUUGUUGAAGAAUUCCACAAGAAUGAAGCAACGAAACUGUCCAAAAAAACAAGUAAGCUGAUAGGAUAUUCCUCCUUGCAGAUCCUGACCUGUCUUUCAAUCUUCCGAGGGAAACGGUGAUCAUAAUGAGUGACAUAAUGAGUUUUUACUUAGGUUGUUGAAUUAACUAAGCUUCUACCUUUCAAUGUAUUUAAUGUAUGUGCUGGUAUUUAUUUGUUAUUUCAGAAAAGAAGAAAGCCACUACAUCUGUGUCCUCUUCAGAAUAUCUUGAAAAUGAAGUGGAGUUUCUAUCAAGGCAGCUCGAAGAUAUAAGUGUGGGUCAUUCUCAACAAUUGCAAAGUUCUGAGCCAAAAAAUGAAAGUUGUUCUAGCAGUUUAUUUGGCAAUGUCUCAACUAACAAUUCCCUGCAAGAUGUUAUUGACUCUGUACUUCCAACAUUCAAUGGUUACUCACUACAUCCACCAAGGAUGAAACUCUCACUUGUCAAUAGUGGUCAUCCUGAUAGUGAUGAUGAUGGAUAUCAUGAUGACAGUGAUAACAAUGAUGAUGAUGAUGAGGAUGAUGACAUAAAAGAGUGCAAUGUGAAUAUACCUGGGGAUCCCAAUUCAUUACAAAGGGAAUUAGCUCCAGAUAAUCUUGAUUCUGAAUAUGGGUGUGGAGUUGAUGGCAGUUAUGGUGGGAUAUCAAAAUCUUUGAUGUUAAGAGAUGUUCAAGCAACCCAGUGUCAUCUUCAAGUAGAUGUUUCCAUUGAGAAUCAUGACAUGACAGAUAAGAAAAUUUCCAAUGUUAAAACAAAUGAAUAUCCAAGGAAAAGACAUGAAGCAAGGACAGUGGAGGAGGUUAAAUCCAUUUCAGAAAGUACAACUCAAAAUGACUUUAAGUCCAGAAAUAUAAAUGAACAUGGAAAGAAAUUUAAGUUAGUAAAUAAUAUAAAAAAAUCAAAGCAAAUGACAGUCUUAAGCGAGGCUGAUGUUAUUGAAAUUUUUGGGUCCAGUGAUGAGGAUGAUGAUAGCAAAUCAUUUUUGUCAAGGCAGGUCUCUUCAAAAUUCACGGAAAAGACAUUGAAAGGAAGUGUAAGUAAGAUCAAGUCAAGAAAUGAAAUUCCUGGUUUUGUCACCGAGUCCUCAGAGAUGAAAAGCUUACUGGGACCAGUCCAUUAUGCAAAUUCAGACUUUUUAGGCCAAACUCGUCCGCACAAUUUCCCUGAGGAAUAUAGUUUUAGGACAAAUGAGUGUGUGCCAGGUAGUUUGCAAGAGUUUUUGAGGGAUCAUUCAAGGGCUUUCUUAGGUAAAGAUGACGUGAAGUAUGUAAAUGACACAAAGAAAAGCAAGAAGGAACUACUAGAAUCCAAAGGGCAAGUUCUUAAGCCACAAAAUAAUGGCCUAAUCAGUGCACCUCAGAGUUUAAAUUGUAAAUCCAAAACAGCUGUGAAAUCUGAUGGUUUCUCUGAUGUUUACUCAGCUGGUAGAUAUGAAGAAGUUCAAGGAGAUAAGUGUGGGAAAGAAAAUGUUGAUUCACCAUUUGAUGAUUUUAUGCCUGCUCCUCUGUCAAAACGACUGGAAAAGCAGCUGAGAGGCAAACAAAGACUUGCUAGCCUUCAUUCCAUUUCAUCUGUUACAGAUAAUAAAUGA